CUAACUGUUUAACUGUAUGCCUCAUGCACGUAACAGUCCUCUUCUCUACUUAUAAAUACGACCCUUUGCUUUCCUCUCCUUUAUCACCCAUCUAAAUAAAGUCUCCUCGUACAAAGUCCUGAUAUCCAAGCCUUCAUAUCAUCUUUAACAAUAUGGGUAAACUUACCUUAAAAUGCCUUGCGUGGAAUGUGCUCAUCUCAUUCUCCCUGUUAUCUUUGAGUGUCGGGAUCUGUGAAGCUGCUAGGCACGGUAGAUCCUGGAGAGGAAACCGUUCUCUGGUUACCACACAAGGAGAAAAUUCUAAAACAUUCAAUGUGUUAGACUAUGGUGCUAAAGGUGACGGUAUUACCGAUGACACAAAGGCUUUUGAAGCAGCUUGGGAAGCAGCUUGUAAGGUGGCAGCAUCGACCCUGGUAGCUCCAACUGGGUCUACUUUCCUCGUUGGACCCAUUUCCUUCUUGGGGACAGACUGCGCAGAAAACAUAGCAUUUCAGUUAGAUGGAAAGAUCAUAGCUCCUACAAGUGCUAGUGCCUGGGGAUCAGAUCUGCUACAAUGGAUUGAAUUCAAGACACUUAAAGGAAUUGCAGUCAGAGGAAAAGGAACAAUCGAUGGACAAGGAUCAGUUUGGUGGAAUGAUUCACCCAAUUAUGAUCCAACAGAUGAGUCAGAAUCAAGAAUCGGUUAUUCUAAUGACACGAUGCAGGAUCAACUGAGUCAAAAGAUGCCACGGACCAGACCAACUGCUUUGAGAUUCUAUGGGAGUAAUGGCGUGACCAUCACUGGGAUAACCAUACAGAAUAGCCCUCAGACGCAUCUCAAGUUUGAUGACUGCUCUGGUGUACAAGUGUCCGGUUUCACAGCUUCAUCCCCCGGGGACAGCCCCAAUACUGACGGAAUUCACCUGCAAAACUCCCACGAUGUUGUCAUUUACAGCAGCACUCUAGCUUGUGGAGAUGAUUGUUUAUCAAUUCAAACUGGAUGCUCCAAUGUAUACGUACACAAUGUAGAUUGUGGACCAGGCCAUGGAAUAAGCAUUGGAGGACUAGGGAAGGACAACUCAAAGGCAUGUGUUUCAAACAUCACUGUCCGUGAUGUCACGAUGCAUAAUACUUUGAAUGGCGUUAGAAUAAAAACCUGGCAGGGGGGAUCAGGGUCUGUACAACAAGUCAUGUUCUCAAAUGUUCAAGUCAAUGACGUUGCCAGCCCAAUUGUGAUCGAUCAAUAUUAUUGUGAUGGUCGUGGAUGCCAGAAUAAAACUUCAGCAGUGGCUGUAUCAGGCAUAAACUACAUAAACAUAAAAGGUACCUACACAAGGGAACCUGUACGGUUUGCUUGCAGUGAAAGUCUGCCAUGCUCAGGAAUCUCUCUAUCUACCAUAGAGCUUAAGCCAGCCUCAGAGAAGGCAGAUUCAAGCAAUCCUUUCUGCUGGGAAGCAUAUGGUGAGCUGAAAACUACAACUGUUCCACCAAUUGCAUGUUUGCAAGCAGAAAAAUCGUCAGGAGCCAAAAGUCAGUCCUUCCACGAUGCUUGCUGAUAUCAAAUCAACAGAUUCUAUGAAAAAAUAUUAAGAUAGGGCACAUUUGAUACUAGUAAGGGAGUACUGUUUCCCUUGCUAUAAAUUAUUCCCACAGGAAUAGAAUGUGAAAUUCCUACUUUAUCCUAUGCUACUUGUUAGAAAGCAUCUGCACAAUAGUGUAUACCAGUUGCAUGUCAAUGCAAUGCAAAAUAUUAUAGGCAUUAUCACAAUAUCUUCUGUUGAAUCAUCAGACAUCUACUUGAUUGAUCAUAAAUCAUAACAAGAAUGCUGACAGAAUACAAGAAAGCUUUCACAAUUCAAGUCUAAAGAACAAUGUGGUGCAUAAUUUGAAUCACAUAUGGAAGUAGAAUGUAUUACAUUCUAUAAAAUUUUCUCAAGAAAAGCAUAUUGCUGCUCUUGCUU